UUUCCGCUACUUAGUGAUACGCAACGAGCGCUCCUCCGCACAGCUGACAGUCGGUCAACAACAGCAGCAGCAGCAGCAGCAACAGCAGCAGCAGCAGCAACAGCAACAAUGGGGGUGACAAUUAAAGUGGAAUACUGCGGCGGAUGAGGUUACGGACCCCGCUAUCAGGAGCUCGCCCACGCUGUGAAGGCUGAGUUUCCCGAUGCGGUUCUGUCAGGCUUCGUGGGCAGACAAGGCAGCUUUGAGAUUGAACUCAACGGGCAGCUGGUCUUUUCCAAGCUGGAGACGGGUGGUUUCCCAUAUGAGGAUGAUGUCUUGAAUGCAGUCCAGCUUGCACACGACGGGAAACCUGUGCCGAAGAUCACCAAGAGCCGUGCACCGUGCGUCAUCAUGUAAACCUUCCUCUUCCGUUCUGCUUCAACAUCAGCAGCGUCAAGACGGGCCAGUGCGACUGUAUACUGCCAAUGCCACCUCUGGUCCGGCCCCGCUAUGCUUCAGCAGCAGGCUGGGUUGAGGACCUUGCUUUAUACAAACCCAGCAGAGAUGCACUAUGACCACUAGCUGCUUUGUUUGAUGCAGCUCUUCCCUCUGGCUCCCCUCUCUUGUUCUCAUUGUGGUGCUCCAGGCUGUUAAUGAUUACUGUAACCUAAAAGGUUAAAGGUUAUGGUAUGAUGAAUCCAUUCCUGGCUGUGCCCUCCUUAUGGGAACUGAGAUUGGGAGAAGAGGUUGCAGAAGUGUUGGAAGGGAGCUCAAUAUUAUUUUCCUACAGCCUCAUUGCCUGGCAUUCUCUAGCUGCCUAAUUAUGGUUUUUCCAAGUAUUUGUUUAUUGAUCUCACAUGCAAUUAAUAAUUUUCUUUCAAUGCAAGGGCAGCGCAAAGCAGUCACAUUUUUUCAGCAUAAAGGGAGACUCUUUGUUUUUGCCUCUGCACCGCUCUUUUAGAGGCUAUUUCAAACACUCUGAUUACUGUAUGGGUCGUGGAUAGCGAUGCAAUGUCAUAUAAUUUGUGAUUGGUGAAUGCAAAAAUUUAGUUUUUCUUUUUUUAUACAUAUCAAAUUGGAAUAGUUUUAAACUUUAAAAUGAUGCAAUUGUUUGCAGCAGCUCAGCUCUGCUAAAAGUCCAAUAUGAAUCUGUUGUUCUGCUGUCAGGGUAUUUUUUGUUUUGUUUAAAUGAUAAGCUCUCCUGUAAUUAAAACUGGUCAGGUACUAGAGCGAUCAUCAGAAGUGCUUCUGAAGACCACCACCCACUGGUCUGUCAGCUCACACUAGUUAGAUGUCAGCUCAUUUUACACAAAUCACUCGCUUUGUUUACUCAGAUUUACAAACUGUAGACUUUGAAUAAAGAUAAUGGUUGUUUAAA